GGAGUAGGUCAACAGACGCCGCUCGGCGCUCGCGUGUCGUGUCUCCGUUGCGAGUCGCGGCCGCCGCCGUCGCCCCACGGCUACAACGCGCCACCGGCCGCCGAGCCGUGCCGCCGUCCGACCGUCGCCGUUCUGUCCCUCGCGGCCUCGCCCUCUCCGCUCUGCACUCCGCGGCCGGCUCGGCUCCUUCCUCAAAUCCUCAGCCAGGCGCCGCCCGCUCGACUCGGCACACCGACCGGCCGACUCUGCUCGGCUUCCGUCGCUGCCUCGCUGGCUGGCCAAGCCGACUAGCCGAGGCCGAGCAGUUGCAGGUGAGCAGACAGCAGAGCAGAGCAACUGAGCAAGCGUCCGUAAGGCCUGCCAUUGGUUGUCCCUCUUGACUGUGAGUGGAUUGGGCACUGCCAUCAGCUUAACCCGGUCUGCCACUGCCGUCGCUGUUGCUGUGGGCAAGGAACGAAGCGCUCCCCCGUUCUCAAUGGAGCACAUUUUCUUUUCGAUGCACCGGAUAGCCUCUCGCUCGGUGAGACAUCAGGGUUUGCUUGGAAGGGGAUGGUACAGCUCUGCUGCGAAGGGGGGCCCUUCGAUCGCCGGUGUAAGCGACAUCAUUGCUGUCGCAUCAGGGAAAGGCGGCGUAGGCAAGUCCACCACUGCAGUUAACAUUGCUGUAGCACUUGCCAAAGAGUUUAAGCUUCAGGUUGGUUUGCUAGAUGCCGACAUCUAUGGACCAUCCGUUCCCACAAUGAUGAAUCUCCAUGCCAAGCCUGAAGUAAGUGAAGAUAUGAAGAUGAUUCCAGUUGAGAACCAUGGUGUGCGAUGCAUGUCCAUUGGUUUUCUUGUAGACAAAGAUGCACCAAUUGUUUGGAGAGGUCCUAUGGUAAUGAGUGCUCUUGAGAAGAUGACAAGGGGAGUUGCUUGGGGGGACCUUGAUAUUCUUGUUGUUGAUAUGCCCCCAGGCACUGGUGAUGCUCAACUAUCGAUGUCCCAAAGGCUUCGGUUAUCUGGUGCUUUAAUUGUUUCAACUCCUCAAGAUAUUGCUCUUAUUGAUGCUAGAAGAGGAGCCAACAUGUUCCGCAAAGUUCAAGUUCCUAUUCUGGGAUUGGUAGAGAAUAUGAGUUGCUUUAAGUGCCCAAAAUGUGGUGAGAAAUCUUACAUCUUCGGGGAAGGUGGAGCACAGAGAACUGCAGAGGAAAUGGACAUGAAAUUACUUGGUGCUGUACCUCUUGAAAUCGGCAUCAGAACAGGUUCAGACGAAGGCCAGCCUAUCGUUGUAUCAUCACCGAACUCUGCAUCCGCGCAAGCGUACGUAAAUAUUGCUGAGAAGGUGACUCAAAGGCUCAAUGAGCUAGCAGAGGAGCGACGGAUGGGCCCAGAAAUCUUACUUUGAGAAAUUCAGGCCGCUUUUGUUCACACCUUUACCCGUUUCACGCUAGGGCUGCAAAGAAAUUAUAUCUCUACUGAUAAGUAGAUUGUUUUUUUUAGGCAAAAGAUAAGUAGAUUGUUGUUGGAAGUAAACUUUAAAUUUUAUUAUCAGUUGGGCUGGAAAUUUACUCAAAUAAACCUCUGCUGGCAGCCUUGCCUUUGUCAUGCAUGUCCUUUGCCUAGUCUCUGCGUUCUGCAUGACUCGUUGAAUGA